UGAUGUCUCAUUUUAUUGCAAACUAUUUUAGUGACAGUGAGUUUAUCAGGUCAAGCAACUGAAGUCUGACCUUCCAUCAGCUGUCAAAGAAAUGUUCCCUCAAUUUCAUUCAGUGCAUUUCAUCAUCUUGUUGGGCAUCUGCCGGCCACUCCUUGGUGUCUACGUGAGGCCAUUAGCCCGUCAAAUUCCGCUGGGCAAUCCUCUCGAGAUCAUUUGCCGCGCGGAGCACAAAGUUGGAUUGCCUGUACUUAUACAGUGGCGUUGGAUAGCCAAUGGAGCAAUCAUUGAUCUUCAGCAUGCUCGCCUACCUCCAGGGGCUGUUGAAAUCUUCACCAGCGUUGAAGAUUCCGCUACACGUUCUAUGUCAUACGUCGUCAGUCGCAUCCGAUGGAAGAGCGUCCCAGCAGAGGCUACUGGUAUUUAUCAAUGCCGAGACGCCAACAACGCCAGACAUCCGACGAGCAACACCACUUUGUCCGUCUCGACUGUGAAUGAUGUUGCAGAUGGAUUCCAUGGAAUGCGUCGAUCCCCGGCUGCGGAAUCUGCCAUUCAACACAUUUUCCGAGCCGGAUCGGCAUUCAAUUUAUCCUGCGAAGGUGAUGAGUUUGGCCAAGUUGAAUGGCUUGGACCCCACAGGGUAGAUGAGGAUUCCUAUUAUGUGCGAGAAAUGGUUAUACCACCAAAAUAUCGGUGGUCCAAAUCUGUUGAAUUCAACGAUUACUCGUCGACAUCUAUUCUCACUGUCAAAGACGCCAGUUAUUUGGACACGGGCUAUUACACUUGCCAUAAUAAAGACGAUUAUAAUGAUAUUAGAUAUCGUCAGUUUGUUUAUGUUGAAGAUCCCGAAAAACUGAUCCUUCCACCUGCUCUGCAACCGGUAGGACCCAAUAAAGAUCUCCGAGUAAUUGGACAUUAUUCCGAAACGAAUGUCAAAGUCGGCUGUGGUCCCACCCAUCCGUCCGUUAACGUCAUCCUCAAGAAAUUCGAUGACGACAUUAAAGUGAUUGCGUCUUCAUCCGACCCUAAUGAUCCAAACAGUGAUUGGACCUAUGAUCCUUUUGAAGGAUUCAGGAUCAAAGUCGUCGAUUCAUGGGAGAUGAAAGGUCAACAUCAGUGCGAGGCCACAUGGCCUCAUUCAAACAAGAAAAGUACAUCUGCCAAAUUCAAAAUUAAGAUUCAAGGGGUACAAGUAUUAAAGAAUACCGACGCAUCAACUCCAAUCGUUGAAGGAGAUCGUGUUACUUUAACAUGUCGGAGUAAAAACAAAGACGCAAUGGAUCUAGCCUGGCGUUGGUUACCUGCUACACUGAAACCUAAUCAAACGAUUCAUUCAUUGAUGGAAAUCAAUGCUACUCACCUUCCCGCAGAGGGGAUAGGUUAUUUGACGCCAUUCGAGAACGAAACCAGUGACCAGGAAUAUCCACCACCUUUAGGCACGUUCCAAGUCCAUCGACUUUCUUGGCUCAACAUUCCGAUGGAAGCUUCAGGCAUUUACCAAUGCUACGACGCCAACAAUUUGAACAUUCCAGUCAGCAAUACCACGGUCGAUGUGUUGAGUUCAAAGGCACCAAAUUUAAAAUCACCGGAGGACGAACAAAAAGACGUUCAACGGGGAUACGAAACGUCGCUCGAAUGUGGAGACACUGCCGCAUUUCCUAAGCCUAAAGUCCAAUGGUUCAUGAGGAUUGAAAACAAACCAUUGGAAGAAAUCUCUGAUGACGGGCGGACCAAAUAUCACGACAUAAACACAACUGAGGAUGGACGUAACAGCGUCCUCGUCAUUUAUUACGCCAGUGCCGACGCGACGUACAUAUGCAGAUUCAGCAAUUGGAAAGGAUCGAGAGAAAAGUAUUUUCACGUUACAGUGCACGGCCUGCACGGAGGAAUCAUCGCUGCAAUCGCCAUCGUUGUGGCCAUCAUUAUUGCUGCCAUCAUCGCAGUUGUCUUUUUCAUCAAAACCUCGUACAAACAAAAGCAACUCUAUCAGGAAUUGAUCAACAAUCGUUUAAAGUUGCUCGAAGGCAAUUUGGAAAGGAUUAAUCCUAAUUCACCACUGGAAGAACAACUGGAUCUUUUACCUUACGACAACAAAUACGAAUUUCCUGCUAAUCAUCUCGUCCUUGGGAAGCAAUUAGGUGCUGGCCAAUUCGGUCGGGUGGUUCAAGCGAAAGCUGUUGGCAUGGGUCCAGGCAAUACGAACGUGGCUGUCAAAAUGGUCAAAUCCCAACUGGACAAUACAGGGCUGACUUCGCUGGCAUCAGAGCUCAAAAUCCUGAUCCAUCUGGGAUUUCAUAUGAAUGUUGUGAGUCUCCUGGGUGCCUGUACCAAAAAUCUGAUCAAAGGCGAGCUGAUGGUCAUAGUGGAAUUUUGCGCCUACGGCAAUUUGCAAGACUUUUUGAUGACCAAUCGGCGCCAUUUUGUAAGCGAAUUGCAUGAACAUGAACCCUCACCUCACUGUCAACGGAAAGCAGGGUCACAGUUCAUCCCUCAAUUGGUCCAAAAUAUUCACAACAUGGACUUGGGAUUACCUGGCGAGAAUAUUCCCAACGGGACUUCAGCUGAUCCAGCUUCUAGUGAUAAUAAUGCAGAUUCUAAGGCUCGCUAUUGGUUACCCAAUAGCACGAAAAAAGAAACAUCUCGCAGCCCUGUCGUAUGCACUCACGAUUUGAUUGAAUGGUCGUAUCAAAUCGCUUGUGGAAUGAACUAUCUGACUAAACGAAAGGUGUUGCAUGGGGAUUUAGCGGCUCGUAAUGUUCUUCUGGCCGAUGACAACGUGGUGAAAAUAGCCGAUUUCGGAUUAUCUCGUCAAGUUUAUAAGAAUUGCAACUACCAGAAACAAGGACAGGAGGCUCUUCCAGUUAAGUGGAUGGCCAUUGAAUCGUUGAUCGAUCGAGUCUUUUCUUCCCAGUCCGAUGUCUGGUCCUUCGGUGUUACCAUCUGGGAAUUGUUUUCCCUCAGUAAACAACCUUAUCCAGAGGUGAACGAAUUGGCGGAUUUGAUUCGUUACUUGCAACGUGGCGAUCGUAUGGAGACACCGGAACAAGCACCUGAAGCAAUUGGGAACAUCAUGGCCGAUUGCUGGAAGCACAAUCCAGAAGAAAGAGCAACGUUUAGCCAAUUGGAGCGGAUCAUUGGCCAAAUGGUGGAUCCGAUCAUCCGCCAACGUUUUGCCGGUACGGAUGACGUUGAAGAAACGAACAAUUACCUGCAAAUGAAUACGGAAAUUGAUCCGACUUCGACGUCAGACACGAUGCCUGACUAUUUGAAGAUGACGAGUACUGAGGGUCAGGCGACUACGGCCGUUUCUCCUCCACGUAGUCAUCCUCCUAAAUUGUACCCACAACUGAGUUUGACGAAUUACGUCAACACGAGUACAGAAAUUAACACACCCCCGCACACGGCGUUUGUCAAGAAGGAUUCGAAUACCGUGGGAGGAGGGCAUCCGCCACUGUCUCCUACAGAAAGUCUUGCAGAUAGCAAUUACCUGGCCAUGCUACCAACUGCACCUAUGUGAAUCUCAUUCUCUUCUUCUUCUCAAUUUUUG